AUGCCGUUCAACACUGAGCUCACCAGACGGCUGGGGAUUACCGUCCCCGUCGUUCAGGGCGGUAUGAUGCAUGUCGGCUACGCCGAGCUGGCGUCCGCCGUGUCCAACGCCGGCGGUCUCGGUAUUAUCACGGCUCUCAUCUUCAAGACGCCCGAGGAGCUCCGCGACGAGAUCCGCCGCUGCCGCACCAUGACCAACAAGCCUUUUGGUGUCAACAUCACCCUGCUGCCGUCGCUUGCCCCGCCCAACUACGCCGCGUAUGCCCAGACGGUCAUUGACGAGGGCAUCAAGGUUGUCGAGACCGCCGGCAACAGCCCCGGCCCCGUCAUCGCGAUGCUCAAGAAGGCCGGCAUCAUCAUCCUGCACAAGUGCACGACCAUCCGCCACGCCCUCAGCGCCGUCAAGCUGGGCGUCGAUUUCCUGUCCAUCGACGGCUUCGAGUGCGCCGGCCACGUCGGCGAGUCCGACAUCACCAACUUCAUCCUGCUGAGCCGUGCGCGGCAGACGCUCAAGAUCCCCUUUUUGGCCUCGGGCGGCUUUGCCGACGGCCAGGGCCUGGCGGCCGCGCUGUGCCUCGGCGCCUGCGGCAUCAACAUGGGCACGCGCUUCAUGUGCACCGUCGAGUCGCCGAUCCACAACAACAUCAAGGAGGAGAUUGUCCGGGCGCAGGAGACCGACACCGCCCUGGUGCUGCGCCGGUGGCGCAACACCACGCGGCUGUACCGCAACAAGGUGACGGAGGAGGCGCUCAAGGUCGAGCGCGAGAGCAAGUCGGGCGAGUUCUCCGAGAUUGCGCCGUUUGUGAGCGGCGCGCGCGGCCGCCAGGUGUUUAUCAACGGCGACCCCAACUACGGCGUCUGGACGGCCGGCCAGGUCAUUGGCCUGAUCCACGACAUCCCGACGUGCGAUGUGCUAGUAAAGCGGAUUGCCAAGGAGGCCGAGGAGUCGCUGCGGGAGAAGCUGUCUCUGCUGCAGCCGGAGAGCAAGUUAUAA